AUGUUCUGCCCGGGAGAAAAGCUGGGCCACGGGAGCUUUGGCUCUGUCUCCACAUACAGAAACAAGGAAACAGGGAAGGAAUACGCCGUCAAAGUCAUGAGGAACUGUCGGGAUAAAAGACUCCGUAGAGUAUUGAGUGAGAUCGAAACUUGUCAACGCUACAAGAACUGUGAAAACAUCCUUAAUUUCGUGGACUUCUAUAGGACAGGAGAUACGUAUUUCCUGAUAUUCGACAAAAUGGCAGGUGGUGAUCUAAGAGCUAUGUUAUCGUCAACUCCGUAUCUGAGCGAGUCCCAGGCUUCACGGGUGACCGGCGCCGCCGCCCGAGCGCUCCUGGCACUUCACAACGACGGAGUGGCGCACAGAGACCUAAAACCAAAAAACAUUCUCUGCCACACCCUAGGAGAAGUCUCCCCACUAGUCCUGUGUGACUUUGGCGUAGCCAGUGAACCCCUUUCUCAACGUAACCCCUCCAAAGAGGACAUAACCAAGCACGUCCUGAAGUCAGUCGUUGGCUGUCCGCAAUACUUGGCACCAGAGGUCGCCGGUUUGCUGUUACCCCCGUCACAGAGAAGAACAGCGCCCUACGACACCCGCUGCGACAUGUGGAGCCUUGGAGUUCUCAUUUAUGAAAUGCUCUUCGACUGUCAGCCCUUUGUCGGUCACUGUUCUCAGCAUUCGUAGACUACGGUCCGCAAUUGCCGGGACUGCUUCCAAGACAUGUUCCCCAAGAUUUGCAGCGGCAACUA